UCGCUAGCAACACUGCUGUCAUUCCGCAGAGCGAAGAUUUGUACAACAUAAACAAUAGGGAAAUUGUGCAGCAACUAUCGAGAACCGGCUUUCGUAAUUGUUGUGCCAUAGUAUGGAAAAAUUGGAAAAUCCCGGCAAAGAUGCCGAAAUGGAUACGGCUGCUCUCAAAAAGGGUCGUCAUCGUAGCCGACACAAAUUCAAUUCCAUCCGCACGCAGAUGGAAUUUUACUUCUCCGAUGCUAACCUAACCAAAAGCCGGUACAUGGCACAGCUAUUGCAGAACGGACCGUUCAUUCCUCUAGAGGAGUUUUUAAAGUUCAACAAAAUCAAAGCGUUGACCUCAAGUGUGGAAGAGAUUGGAAAUGCGCUGACCAACUCCACCCUGCUCGAACUUUCCGAAGAUAAUACGAAGGUGCGUCGCAUGACGGAGCUGGUGGUUAAGGAAAAUUGUGACGAAUGUACGAUUUAUGUGGAACGGUUACCACCGAAAGCAAACCACGAAUGGGUGAAGAAUGUGUUUUCGAGCUACGGCAAGGUGUCGUACGUGUCGUUGCCAACAUUUAAACAUUCGGGCAAAAUCAAAGAGUUUGGAUUCGUGGAGUUUGAUGAGGAAGCAAGUGUGCAGAAGGUACUGAAAGCGUUUCAAACAUUCGGCGGUGUGCUGGCAUUUGAAACAACGGAUCCAGCAAAAAUGGCUAGCAUCAAAACGUACGAGCAGGGCAAGCUAGAAAUGCCGCACGAGGAUGGUUCAGAGGUGAAAGAAUCUGGUAAAAAUAAUUCACCGGAAGAAGAUUCUUCUACACUGCUGGGUGGAGCAUUGCAAUCGUCUACAGUUCCUGGAGUUGUCACGGAUAAAAAAGAGGACGAAGAUUGCGACGAACCACCGGCAAAGAGACACAGGAUCGAACCGACAAGCGACGACGAGGACGACGAUACUCAGGACGAACAGCAGUCAGCCCGGGAAGCGAAUGGGAAAAAGCUUGACCGCACAAGCGACGACGAGUUCCACACAGAUCAUGACGAUCGUGCUGGUGAGGAGGAUAAUAAGGAUGGGACGGAAGCGGCAAAGGAUAUAGAGCAUGGAAAUGGCCAAGAUAUGCAACUGGAAGCAGGAGGCAAGAAAAAAUGUCGCCAAAGGAAGGGUUGCAGUAUCAUCAAGAAGGAGCUACAGCUGGACGAUAAAGUGUACGAGCUUAAAAUAAUGACCAAGAAAGAAUGGCGCCGUUUAAGGAACAAGUAUUUGAAUUUGCAGAAGCAAGAAGCAAAAAAUUUGAAGCGUCUGUUCCAGCAAACGAACAAACAUCAUAAAAGGGGCCACCCGAAAGCAACCACUUCGAACCCGGGCAGUGGAAUUGCGAUUAAAUCGAUUAAAUCAUCACCACGGGUUAACUUUUACGGUGCGAUGCCAGUUGAUGAGGAACAGGGCGAGAUGGAUGGGACAAAUGCACUCCAACCGGAAGUUCCCGAGGAAAGUGUGGCGAUAGCGAAGCGACCAUUAUUUUCCUUCGAACCUGGGCUGAUCGUAAGCAUCAAGUUUCGGGAGCCGUGUGUCGAUGUGAAGGAUUUCCGCACAGAGCUGCGGCAACAUCCGUACGUGAAGUAUAUCGACCUGAAGGAGGGAUCUUUUGAGGCAUUCGUACGCGUCGACAAGCCAGCAUCGGCUAAUGCGUUGGUGAGGGAGUACAAUUCAGCGGAAUAUGGCGCACACAUACUGAGCGGUGAACAGGAACAGCAGUACUGGGACAAAAUGAUGCGCGAUCGGGAGGAUAAGCUGAACAUGCGUGUCAAAAAGGAGAGGAUUCGAGGCCGUACGAAGUUAAUUCGUAAGAUAAAUAAUCACGUUAAGUUUGACGACGAUGAUGAUUGAAAUUGUGCCGGCGAGUAUGUUAUGUGAACCGAACUGAGCACUUGAAAAUAAAGUGAAAUUAAUGGAAA